UAUUUCUUUUAAUCAAUUAAGUAAAACGUAUUGCAUGUACUAAAAUAAUAUCAUAUUGUGUGUCCGUCUAUGCAUCAGGCAGACAUAUCUAUCCAAAUUAUAUUUGUCGGUCUCAUUAACGAACAUAUAUAAUUCUUUUUAAAGUUUAACUGCUCUAAUGUGAGAAUUUAACAAAAAAUUUACCUUAAAAUGAGAUAUGAUUUUCACCACCAUAAAAUAAGAAAAAGCUCAACGCAUUUGCUCCUUUGGAAAAAAAAAACAUACAUUUGCUAUAUAAGAUAUACAGGGGCAAUAUUGUCCUUGUAUAAGUUAAUUAAUUAGGGCAGGCUAUAAGCUAAAGAGUCUUCGAGUGCCCAAACAAAUGAAGUUUCUUAAGAACUAAAAUCUCGAAUUAAUUAAACUACUCCCCUAAAAAAAUAAAGGUUAAAAUUAAAGAAAAGAAAGAAGAAGAAUUAAUUAGACCUCACUCUUCGUAGCACAUUCCAAAAGGUUCCCAACUUUUACCACUUCUCCCGCGUCAACCCUGCCCUUUAGUCUUCACCUAUAAACCCCAACUCCUCCACACCAUCUUCUUCCCAAAUCUCUCUCUCCUCCCAAAACUUAACCCUUCUCCACCUCUUCUCUCUCUCUCUCUUCCCUUCUCCGUCUCUACAUCUCCUGAAACUUCUAAAGCUAACUAAAUGGAACUAAUGAAGAUAAUCUUCUUCAUAGCCAUAACAAUGGCUUUAUCCAUCACUCUCACUGUGAGAAGCAUCGGAGAAAUUGAAGACAAACCACCAUUACCCGUCGAUGAUUCGAGCACAUUCUCAAAAGGGUCCGCGGUGCAUGAUGAAGAGAACAAUCUUAUGCCUUCGAAACGGCUGAGUCGUUUCCUCGCCGAAGAUAAAAACCCUAGAGCAGCUGACCACUGCCGAAAAGAUCAGGAUGUGUGCUAUUACAUGGGAGGUAAGAACUACACUUGCUGCAACAACAAGUGCCUGGACUUGUCUACUGAUGACAAGAACUGCGGUGCAUGCAAAAAGAAAUGCCUGCACACACAGACUUGUUGCAGAGGCCAAUGUGUAUACUUAUCUCUGGACAAGAGGCACUGCGGAAAAUGCAACAAUCGGUGCCUCGAUGGUGAAUACUGCGUAUUUGGGAUGUGUAGUUACGCAUAAAAGGAUCGUGCAAGGAAAAUCUAGCUAUUGUUUUUAUGAUUUGAGGUUCGUCAUUUAUUCAUAAUACAAUAAAAGAAACCGCAUUUGAGUGGUUCUCAUAUGAUUUUAUAUUACAUAAAAAAAAAUUAUAUAUAUAGUUCAUUUUAAUUAAA